AAAAAAAGGGUCUUUUUUGAUUUAAAAGGCAUUUCCAAAGAGGUCGCUUUACCGACGCAGACGAAAAGGUUAUGCUAUCGUUUGCCACCAAUAAAAAGUUGACACGUCAUUUAAUUGAGAAAUACAUAACCGGUGAGAUUUGAGAUUUGGACAUUAAAAAAAAUAAGAAAAAAAAAAAAGGAUAAAGACGGUGGUUGAGUUGAGUUGACCAUCGUCUCCGGAGCUCCGGCGGAUCUGAAGAGAUAAGGAGUGUUGCAUGCGAUUACUCUCGUGCCAGAAUUGGUGGAUCUCUCUCUCCAUGGGAAGUUGAGUUCUUGUGGCUUGAGAUUUCGACGAGAGUGAUGUAAAGAUUGCAGCUUUUGAUUGUGUCAUCAUCAAUUGAGGAAUCCUGACAUAUAAAGGUGGUAACUUUUUUUUCCGGAAUCGACUUUGGAGAAGUAAAGACGAAGAAGCAGGGCCAAGAACAUAAUCGUAAUGACAAAAGAUUCGGUUUUGCAUUCCCCCAGGGUUUGGUAAACGAGAACAGUGUUUUUAAAAGAAUGUUACGAUCUUUAUAAUUGAUGGUUAUGGCUCAUCGAGGCAACGUUACGGGCUUAAGAAGGCUCAUGAAGGGCGAACCCAACUCAUGAAGAAGCUCUCAGGAUGUGAUGGUGACGGGCAUUACUAUGAUUAGAACUUUGUUAGUGAUGUAAAAUGACCAAGUUCCAAGAUCACUUUUGCGUGAACAUACCAUUCUCCUAUAUUAAUGAGUUUGCAGACUCCUCCAUCUCUCUAUUGUAAUGAUGUUAUUUGCUUUUUUAUUGUAUCCUGAUAUUGUGUUAAAGAGAAUUGAGAGAUGAAAUUCCUUCUUUUUUUUUUUUUUAGUAAUACAAAUUGCUUUACAAAAACAAAUGGAAAAUCACAUUUAAAGAAAUUAGAAUCUGUAAGACAUUUAUUACACAUUGGUUUGUCUUGCAUACACAUUGGUUUGUCAUGCAACUGCAGAGUGACGUUUUGGGUUCUGACUCAUAAUUUUCUGAGUGGUCAAAAAGUAAUUUAGAGGAGGAAAAGAAAAGAAAAGAAAAGAAAAGGAAAGGAAAAAAACAAAGCUCGAAAUGGAAACAGAUUAAUGAGCUGGUUUGUGGAAAAUGUAAGAAAACUGAGCAAAAAAAUAAAGCAGAGAGAGAGAAACACUCUACAGAGUACGUUUUUGGGUCAAAGUUUUGGCGGUAUGAGUAGUCCUGAAAUAGCAUGCUUUGGCUUUGACAUCACGCUUUCUUCAUGACCCUUUCUCUCUCCGCCCAUCACUCUCUCUUCUGUCCAAUCUUCUGAAACUAGUCUACUCAAAAUUUCUCCAAAGUCUCUUUACUCUUUAGAUACAGUCAUUACACUUCAUCAUCAUCUCCUCAACCCAUUUGAUCUCAAAUCCUUUGAAGACUCAUUUUUCUUGUCCAAGGUUCUUACUUUUCUCUCUCUGUUUCUUUUUCUUUCUCAGACUCAUAAUCUUGUCUUCGCUAGGGUUUCUUACAGUAUUUUCUCUCAAUCCUGUGUUUCUUUUUCAGUUCUUUGUUUUGCCCUAAUGGAGUGGAUUGGGAAGAGAGUUAAGUCCCGGAGCAGGCAGCGUCUUCAGGUGGUUAAUAAGCGGAAGAAGACGGAGGUAGAAGCUCCUGUGAUAUCUCCUCCAAAGAAACGAAGGCCGAGAAGAAUAAAAGACCCCGAUUCUGACGUUGAGGACAUCACACCUACUUACCACAACAGUGUUCCUCCUCCUGUUCAAGAAAAUGACAGGUACUCUGCUGGUUUAAGGGCUGGGUCUGUUCAGAACAACUCUGUGAAGGAGAGUUUCUCUAGGAUUAUUAGGGAUCUGAAUGUGGAGAAAUCAGGUCCUAGCUCCUCUAGGUUCAGAGAUGGGUCUGAACAGCACACGUCUGUGAAAGAGACUUCUUUUAGGGUUAGUGAUUUGGAUGUGGGGAAGAACUCAGUUCCUAGCUCUUUUGGGUUCAGAGAUGUGUCUGAACAGAACACAUGUGUAAAGGAGAAGUGUUCCCCUGAGAUUGGAGAUUUGAAUGUGGAGAAAUCAGGUCCGAGCUCCUCUAAGCUAAGAGAUUUGUCUGAACCGAACACAUGUGUGAAGGAGAAGUGUUCCCCUGAGAUUGGAGAUAUGGAUGCGGAGAAAUCAGGUCCGAGCUCCCCUAAGUUAAGAGAUGUGUCUGAACAGAACACAUGUGUGAAGGAGAAGUGUUCCCCUGAGACUGGAGAUUUGGAUGUGGAGAAAUCAGGUUCGAGCUCCUCUAAACUAAGAGAUGUGUCUGAACAGAACACAUGUGUGAAGGAGAAGUGUUCCCCUGAGAUUGGAGAUUUGGAUGUGGAGAAAUCAGGUCCGAGCUCCUCCAAGUUAAGAGAUGUGUCUGAACAGCACACAUGUGUGAAUGAGAAGUUUUCUCCUGAGAUUACAAAUUUGGAUGUUGGAAUAUCAGUUCCGAGCUCUUCUAAGUUAAGAGAGGUGUCUGAACGGAACAAAUAUGUGAUGGAUAUGUGUUCCCCUGAGGCUAGAGGUUUGGUUGUUGUAAAACCAGUCCCUGCUGAAAUAGAGAUUCUUUCAGAUUCUGAGUCUGAAAUUGGAGCCAGAGCUUCAGCCAGGAAGAAGCUUUUUGAGGACACUAGCAGAAUCGUAGAAUCUCUCAGUGAUGGUAAUAGCACAAGUGAAACUGAGGGAGAUGAAGAAGAAAAUGCAGAGAGUCCAGACAAUAACACCAAAGAUGAUAUAACAGUCCACUCCCUGUCUUCGGAGGAUCCAUCUUCUUCAUCAUCAUCAUCAUCAUCAUCAUCAUCAUCAUCAUCAUCGUCCUCAUCUUCAUCUUCAUCUUCUUCCUCGAGUGACGGUGAAUUCAAUUUAAAGGAGGUGGUUAGAGAUAAUACAGAUGAUGAUGAUUUCUUAAAGGUCAGUUUACCAGUCAGGAAUGUCUCUAUAGCGGAAAGGAAGCCUUUGGUAAGGUAUAAGAGGUCUGGUACUGGCUUAACCAAGCCUAGAAAAGAGGACAAGAAGAUUCGGAGAUUAAACCAUCGAGAAGAAGAAAAAGAAGAAGAACGAGAUGAAGUAGUUGAAGUAGUAAUAAAGCAGCCAAGCAACCCGGUGUUCACUUGUACUCACUGUGGCAAAGAGAACACAGGAGUCCUUGAAUCUCCCAGCUCUUUCAUGAGACCACUUGCAUUAAGAGAUGAAAUUGAGGAUGUGAAAUACUUUGCUUCUACUAUUGCAUCAAAGUAUGAAGAUUCUAUUUUCAUUAACUCUGGGAAAUCACCUGAAAAACCAUCCAGACCUGAGUUGGAGAAUCCAGAGACGGGAAAAGAAGUGAAAACACUUGAGAAUCCAUCCACAUCCAGGCCUGAAGUUUUCACUUCAGAGAAAGCUAAAGAGGUACAAGCACGUGAAAGGUCAUCUACUUACAGACCUGAAAUUCUCAGUCCUGAAGUUUUCACUUCAGAGAAAGCUAAAGAGGUACAAGCACGUGAAAGGUCAUCUACUUACAGACCUGAAAUUCUCAGCUCAGUAAAAGCAAAAGAGGUGGUGCAAGCACUUGAAAAGCCAUCAAGACCUGAAAUCCAGAAUUUAGAGAAAGCAAAAGAGGUCCAAGCCAUCAACAGGUUGGGGUCGGUGAUACCUGCAGUUGCAGUUGCAGGGGGAUUAAAUAAGUCUGUUUUGGCUAAUGAACCAAUUGAUAAUGAGUCUGAUUCUUCUAUCAGCUCUGCAGAUAAAUCUGGAUAUGAAUCUGAUCCUUCUCUAAAAGACAAAGAAAUCAAGACUAAUAACAACUCGGAUUGGAGAGUGCUAAGUGGAAACCAUAGAGAAGUUGAUCUCUUCAGGCUGCUUGUGAACUCUGUUAGGGAGAAAGGUCAACUAGACGAAGGAUAUGAAGAAGCAGAAGAACUAGUUUCUUCACCUGAAGACCAGUUUCAAGAACAAGGAAAUGAAGAUCUACGAAAAUAUGAUGAUGAUGGACUUCUAAUCAUUAGGCCACCACCAUUGAUAGAGAAAUUUGGUAUGCUGGAACCUCCAUCACCACCUGAGAUUUCUGAGUCAGAAUUAGAGUUACAGAUGCUGUGGGAAGAACUAGCAUUUUGCAGUAAAUCUAACGACGUCAGCAACGAGCUUCCUUCAAAUAUGGAAGAAAUAUUAAUUGAUGAAACUCCAGCAGCACAAUGUAAAAAAGGGAAUCACAAUCUGUUUCUUGAUCUGGAGGUUGGUUUGAAGUGUAUGAACUGCGGCUUUGUGGAGAGAGAAAUCCGAAGCAUGGAUGAAUCUGAGUGGGGAGAGAAGAUCACAAGGGAAAGGAGAAGAUGUGAUAGAUUUGACGAGGAAGAAAAUAGCAACAUCCUUGGGAGACUUGGGUUUGAAGGUCCUAACACGAACAGCUUACAUGAGGAUUGUGUUUCUUCUGAAGGAACCGUUUGGGAUAAGAUCCCAGGGGUCAAAUCUCAAAUGUAUCCUCACCAGCAAGAGGGUUUUGAGUUUAUUUGGAGGAACUUAGCUGGUACAAUCAUGUUGAACGAGCUCAAGGAAUUUGAGAAUAGCGAAGAAACCGGAGGAUGCAUCAUGUCACACGCUCCCGGGACAGGAAAAACUCGCCUGACCAUCAUUUUCCUGCAAGCCUACCUAGCAUGCUUCCCAGAUUGCAAACCAGUGAUCAUUGCUCCUGCAAGCUUGCUUCUCACGUGGGCAGAGGAGUUUAAGAAAUGGAACAUAAGCAUUCCCUUUCAUAAUCUCAGCAGUUUGGAAUUUACUGGAAAAGAGAACUCUGCGGCGCUGGGACUUUUGAUGAAGAAGAAUGCCACUGCUAGAACCAAAAAUGAGAUAAGGAUGGUGAAAAUAUACUCUUGGAUAAAAGCAAAGAGUAUACUCGGGAUCAGCUACAACCUCUAUGAGAAGCUUGCAGGAGUUAAAGACGAGGACAAAAAGACAAAGAUGGUGAGAGAAGUGAAACCAGACAAAGAAUUAGAUGAUAUCAGAGAGAUACUUAUGGGAAGGCCUGGACUGCUGGUUCUUGAUGAGGCGCACACGCCUAGAAACCAGAGAAGUUGUAUCUGGAAAACACUAUCUAAAGUGGAAACACAGAAACGUAUCUUGCUUUCUGGAACUCCUUUCCAGAACAACUUCCAGGAGCUGUGCAAUGUUCUGGGACUCGCAAGACCUAAAUAUCUGGAGAAGCUCACAUCCACACUCAAGAAGAGUGGGAUGACUGUAACUAAAAGAGGAAAAAGAGCUUUGGGGAACGAAAUCAACAACCGUGGGAUCGAAGAGUUGAAGGCUGUUAUGCUUCCAUUUGUGCAUGUCCAUAAAGGAAGCAUUCUUCAAAGGAGCCUCCCUGGUUUGAGAGAAUGCGUUGUGGUGUUAAACCCACCUGAGCUGCAGAAGAGAGUCCUAGAAUCCAUUGAAGUCACUCACAACCGGAAAACAAAAAACGUGUUUGAAACAGAACACAAGCUGUCUCUGGUCUCAGUCCAUCCUUCUCUAGUCUCUCGCUGCAAACUCUCUGAGAAGGAACGUUUGUCCAUCGACGAGACUUUGCUUGCACAGCUUAAGAAGGUAAGACUCGAUCCAAAGCAAAGUGUGAAAACGAGAUUCCUCAUGGAGUUCGUUGAGUUAUGCGAGGUGAUAAAGGAGAAAGUGUUGGUCUUCAGCCAAUACAUAGACCCAUUGAAACUGAUCAUGAAACAUCUGGUCUCUCGUUUCAACUGGAACCCAGGGGAGGAAGUGUUGUACAUGCAUGGCAAGCUCGAGCAGAAACAGCGACAAACCUUGAUCAACGAAUUCAAUGAUCCAAAAUCCAAGGCAAAAGUGUUCUUAGCUUCAACAAAAGCCUGCUCUGAAGGGAUCAGUCUUGUAGGAGCGUCAAGGGUGAUUCUUUUGGAUGUUGUGUGGAAUCCGGCAGUCGAAAGACAAGCUAUAAGCCGUGCUUACAGAAUCGGUCAGCAGAGAAUUGUUUACACAUAUCACUUGGUUGCAAAAGGAACUCCUGAGGGGCCAAAGUACUGCAAGCAAGCACAGAAGGAUAGAAUCUCAGAGCUAGUGUUUGCAUGCUCGUCCAGACCUGACAAAGGAAAGGAGAAGAUCGCUGAAGCUGUGACAGAGGAUAAAGUGUUGGAUACUAUGGUGCAGCGUUCGAAGCUUGGGGAUAUGUUUGACAACCUUAUAAUCCAACCGAAGGAAGCAGAUUUGGUUGAAGGUUUCAACAUACUUAUGCCAUGAGUCAUCAUCACCAAAAACUCUUGAUUCUAUCUCUUCCCUUAUAAUAUCAUAUGCUAUUUCAUCUUUUCAAGACUUGUGUUAUAUGCUUUUGUGGGAUAAUUUUAGGGAUCUAAAAACAAAACCUUGGCUUUUGUAUGAACUCUUUCUUAUAUAGUAAA